AUGCCGCAAAUCGUGAAGAAAGACCAGCCAGCAUCACCACUCUACAAACCGAGACAGAGACCAUAUGAUCCGCAUUCCCCAGUUAAACUGAUAAUAGUCGGAGCUGGAAUUGGCGGCAUUGCUGCUUCGAUAUUGAUUUCGAAUAAGGUUCCGAAUCUGGAAUAUGUCGUUUAUGAGAAGACCGAUGCUGUGGGAGGCACCUGGACGCAAAACCGUUAUCCCGGUGUAAGGUGCGACGUCCCUUCACAUAUCUAUCAAUUAACCUUUGCACCCAAUCCUCGCUGGUCUGAGUACUACGCUCCCGGCGCAGAAAUACGUUGA